AUGUCAGCAACACCACGCCUUUCGUCUGGCGGACACCACCCGGCCGACCUCAAUACCACCGAAGGCUUGUACCGCGAGAAGGGAGUGGACUCAUUGAGUCCAUCAUCAGAAGGGGAGAUGGAGGAAACCGAUCUCGAACAUGCGGCAGCAGCACAAGGCCGACGCGAUGAUUAUCUGGCCCGCACCCAAUCCCAAGCACACUCCUUCCUGGCGCCCAAGCUCUCGCUGCCUCACGAGAUCGCUUUCGUGGGCAUCACCUGCUGCGCCCAGCUCACCAUGCAGGCGUCUAUGGGACCCUCACUCAGCAUCGGCCGGGAGAUCGGAAGGGAAUUCGGCGUCACGUCUGCUGCGGACGUUGCUUGGUAUUUGGCUGCCUACUCCUUGACAAUCGGCACCUUUAUCCUCAUCUGCGGCCGCUUGGGUGACUUGUUUGGGUACAAGAGGAUGAUGGUCAUCGGGUACACGUGGUAUGCGGUUUGGACCAUGAUCUGUGGAUUGUCGGUGUAUUCGGACUCGGGGAAUAUCAUGAUGAUUGUGUGCCGCGCUUUCCAAGGCAUAGGGCCUUCCAUCCUCCUUCCCAACGGUCUCGCCAUCCUGGGCGGUAGCUACCCCGACGGUCCACGCAAGCACAUGGUUUUCGCCCUCUUCGGCGCCAUGGCCCCCGGCGGAGCCACGCUGGGCUGCGCCAUGGCCGGCGUCUUCGAGCUUGCCUGGUGGCCCUGGGCCUUCUGGUCGUUCGCCAUCGCGCUCCUCUUCCUCGCCGGUGCCGCGCAGUUCAUCAUCCCCGACAGCGUCGACGCCCAUACAGCCAGCAGCUCCUUCGUCGACAAGCUCAAGCAACUCGACGUUAUCGGCGGCACCGUGGGCGUCGCGGCCCUGAUCCUCAUCAACGUAGCAUGGAACCAGGCCCCGAUCGUUGGCUGGACCGAGCCGUACACGUACGUCCUGCUCAUCGUCGGCAUCCUCCUCGUCCCCCUCUUCUUCUGGAUCGAACUCCGCUGGUCCUCCUACCCGCUGCUCCCCCUCGACGCCCUCAAGUCAGGCGACAUCGCCUUCGUCCUCGGCUGUCUGGCCUGCGGCUGGGGCUCCUUCGGCACCUGGCUGUUCUACAACUGGCAAUGGUUCCUCGAAAUCCGCGGCGAUUCCGGGUUAAUGACGACCGCUUACUUCUCCCCGGUCGCUGUUUCGGGCGCGAUCGCCGCCGUGGUAACUGGUAUCGUGCUAGGCAAGAUCGGCCCCGCGUGGACCAUCCUGUGCGCCAUGUGCGCCUUCUUUACGGGUAACAUGCUGCUCGCCACCCGCCCGCUGGAGCAGAACUACUGGAUCCAGAGCUUCCUGACGGUCGUCAUCACCCCGUGGGGCAUGGACAUGAUUUUCCCUGCGUCGACGGUGAUUCUUAGCAAUGCGGUGGGGAGGAGACAUCAGGGAAUCGCGGCGAGUUUGAUCAACACGGUGGUGAACUAUAGUAUCUCGAUUGGACUAGGGUUUGCGACGACCGCGGAGGUGUAUGUGAAUAAAGGGGGCACUAGCAAGGAGGAGUUGCUGAAGGGGUACAGGGCGGCUUGCUGGGUGGCGGUGGGGUUGACGGCUUUCGGGCUGGUGUUGAGUGUGGUGUAUCUGGUGGUGGAUAUUAGGAAGAAUAGGAGGGUUGGGAAGGCGGUGAUGGAGGAGGGGGAGGAGGGUAAGCGGUGA